ACUGAAGGAGAAAAUAAAGCGUCUACUCCCUGUCUGGCUUACCAAGCACUGGCUAUUUUUUUUUCACUGACUGUAUCGUCUAAUUCUAUUUUGUUCCCCACCUCCUCCUCUAGCGCGACGAUAGUUUCUCCUGUUGUUGCGCUCUCCGGAAGUACCGGGGCCGUCCGUUUCCUUGGCUCGAGCGGCCGGUGGUCUUUUUUCGUGUUCCAUCAGCGCCGAAUUUCUUUCGUUAGAACCGAGAAUCUAGCAACCAACAUGUCAAGCAAAAGGGCAAAGACAAAGACCACUAAGAAGCGCCCUCAGCGGGCUACUUCCAAUGUAUUUGCUAUGUUUGAUCAGUCACAGAUUCAAGAAUUCAAAGAGGCAUUCAACAUGAUUGAUCAAAACAGAGAUGGUUUCAUUGACAAAGAAGAUCUGCAUGAUAUGCUUGCUUCACUUGGGAAAAAUCCAACUGAUGAAUAUCUAGAUGCCAUGAUGAAUGAGGCUCCAGGACCCAUAAACUUCACUAUGUUUCUCACAAUGUUUGGAGAAAAAUUAAAUGGCACUGAUCCAGAAGAUGUAAUCAGGAAUGCCUUUGCUUGUUUUGAUGAAGAAGCAACAGGCUUCAUUCAAGAAGAUUACUUGAGAGAAUUGCUAACAACAAUGGGAGACAGGUUUACAGACGAAGAAGUCGAUGAGCUGUUUAGAGAGGCACCAAUUGAUAAAAAGGGCAAUUUCAAUUAUAUUGAGUUCACACGCAUCCUGAAACAUGGAGCAAAAGACAAAGAUGACUAA